AAGUGACAGCUAUGACAGCCUAAAAAGGUUGAAGUGAAAAAAUUGAACCAUACCUACUAAGUUAUUACCUAGAUACCUAUUAUAAAACUGUUCUUGCACUUCCAAUUUAUAGUAAGUAGUUGUUAUUGAUGUUGAAAACGGUCACAGUCAACUGUUUUAAAGUCUUUUCACCGUUGUAUUAUCCUUUAAAAGCUUCAAAAAUAUCCAAUUCUAUAAGAGUUAUGUCCACUGCUACGAAUAUACCUCUUGUGGAUAUUGAUCCUACUGGUGUUUUUAAAUAUAUUUUAUUGAAUGUAUACGACAAAGACAAAAAUGCUGCAGAACCUCAAGUGACGAUUGUAAGAGGCUACAAAAGAUGCAACUAUCAUUCUGAUAUUUAUGAUGAGGUGCAAGCAAAGCUCUCUCCAUUAGACUGUGAACCUUUAGGUGGAGGCAGAAUAUCUCAUGAUCCAGAUAAUAAGAAAAUUCAUAUCUAUGGCUACUCUCAGGGAUAUGGGAAAGCAGAUCAUGAAGUUGCAGCUAAACUAGUCAAAGAAGCAUACCCUGGUUACACAAUAUCCAUUAGUGAUGAGGGGUACUGAGAAAAACUACUGAAUACUAAAUAUAAUCUGGUUUUACUUAAAUAUAAUAAUAUAGUUGGUUACUAAAAUAUUCGUUUUUUCAUAAAAUUGCAUUCUUUUCCAGGAAUCCAAUAUGUACAUGUGCAAAUUAAUUAAAACUGAACAUGUCAGUUUCUUAAAGAGAC